CUCGGCUCGCGCGGCCCGCGGACCUGGGACCCCCGGGGAACGGGUCGGUGAGCGGGCAGGCGCGGGGCUCGCCGGGGCCAACGCGUGCUGGGGCUGGGGCGGACGGCCCGGGGGACAGCCUGGACGCGUGCCUUUCGGGUGCACUGGCGCCGCCGGGCCCUGCGCGGGGCGUGCUCGCUGAAUCCGGGCCGGGGAGGGCCGGCCGAGGGACGCCUCUCCGCCAAAGUAGCCUGCGUUCGGGGCGCGGGCCCGGCCGCCGCGGGAGGGCCGUGCGGUUGCAGCGGGAAGACGACAUGGACCAAUCGGACGGGAUGUAGCCCUGCGGGGGCCUGAUGGGAUAUGUUCAGUCAUGGCGUCAGAGCUUUCUAAGACGAUCUCUGUGGCAAGGCAAGAGAAGCACAAGAAUCUGUUCCUAAAUUACAGGAAUCUGCACCAUUUCCCGCUGGAGUUGCUGAAAGAUGAGGGGCUGCAGCACUUGGAGAGACUGUAUAUGAAAAGGAACUCCCUCACAACCCUGCCAGAAAACCUUGCUCAGAAGCUUCCAAACCUUGUGGAACUGUACCUUCACUCCAAUAACAUAGUUGUGGUUCCGGAAGCCAUCGGGUCUCUUGUAAAGCUCCAGUGUCUGGAUCUCAGUGACAAUGCCUUAGAAAUCGUUUGCCCAGAAAUCGGUCGGCUGAGAGCUUUACGACACCUUCGGCUGGCUAACAACCAGCUGCAGUUCCUGCCUCCAGAGGUUGGCGACCUGAAGGAGCUGCAGACACUAGACAUUUCUACCAAUCGUUUGCUAACUUUACCCGAGAGGCUUCACCUGUGCCUUUCUCUGCAGUACCUCACCGCGGACCGCAACCGUCUCUGGUAUGUGCCGCGCCACCUCUGCCAGCUGCCCAGCCUCAAUGAGCUCUCCAUGGCUGGAAACUGUCUUGCAUUUUUGCCACCUGAUUUAGGUCGUUCCCGAGAACUCCAGUACGUGUACGUGGAUAACAACGUUCACCUGAAAGGCUUGCCGUCCUAUCUGUACAAUAAAGUCAUCGGGUGCAGUGGCUGCGGCGCCCCCCUCCACGUCCCCGAGGUGAAGCUGCUUUCCUUUUCCUCCGGGCAGCUGACCGUGUCCCUGCCGGCCGAGGUGAAGGCCAUCGGGACGGAGAGUGACCGCGUGCUGCCGCUGCAGGAGCUGGCCAUGAGACGCCUGCACCACGCGCACCGCGGCUUGCGGACAGAUUUGAACUUUCUGUCUCCAGUCUCAUUACCCAGAAGCCUCCUGGAACUGCUGCACUGCCCCCUGGGGCACUGUCACCGGUGUAGCGAGCCCAUGUUCACCAUCGUCUACCCCAAGCUCUUUCCCCUGAGAGAGACGCCCAUGGCCGGGCUGCACCAGGGGAGGACAGCCGUGAGCUUCGUGGCAUACUGCUGCUCCACUCAGUGUCUUCAGAGUUUUGACCUGCUGAGCUGAUCCGACGGCCCCGCCAGCUCCACACUGCGGCCACCUGGGGCUCACACGCCACUGCAGCAGGGGCAGGAGAGUCCAGCCAGGCCGGACCAGGCCCUUCCAGCCUGCUCUGUCCAGCAUGGGUGCUGCAGAACUCUGGAAUUGUGAUUGAGCUAAAAUGCCUUCACCCUUCUCCGAGUCGGAAUAUAUCCUCCCUCAAACGAAGGAUCCCCGGUCUUGUGUGGUUUUUUCUGCUCAUCCACACGCUGGUUACUUUGAUGAGCCAGCCCAAAUCUAAUUUGGAACAAAUCUCGCUCAGUUCCCUACAGAGCAAUCAUUUGCCAGUGUAGCCAGAUUGACUUUGGAACACACACCUCCUGCAGACCUGCGCUCUCCGUCUUUCCCCAGAGGGCUCUUUCCCUAGAGGUCUCCCCGGGCUUUCUCCUGCGAGAGCUCGCAGAAUGUCAGCCUUCGAGCAAAGCCCGGGGCCUGGGCUCCACAGUCUGCAGAGGCGGGGCGGCUGCGGGGUCGGUGGCAGGGUGGGAGCGUGGGGGGCUCCCCGAGGACCCUCGGCACACCCCCUCCGCAGAGUCAAGGUCUCUGACUGUGAGGGGUUUCACAACAGAAUGUGAUGGU